UAUCAAAUGCUAAGUGUAUGUGGGCAAAAUACACUAAUCUCCCUGUGAGCUGAUGCCUUUCACCUGUACAAACCCGCCCACCUUUUCUGGCUCCUCCUCCCAACACAAGGUGAGCUGAUGCCUUCCAACUCUGCAAACCCCGCCCAUCUCUUCUGGCUCCUCCUCCCUCCACAAUGUGAGCUGAUUUGUUCAGUUAUUAUGAUCCGGAACAGACUGAAGGUACAGUUGCUGAUGUUUAUUUCCAAAGUUAUGGAACUUCAGGAGCACAGGAAAUUUACCCUGAUCAUUUUGGGAGACUUAGUCGAUCCAAGACUUCAUUAAAAUUCGUCUACGACAGACAGAUUUCCUGACACACGGACAGACACAGCUGGGAAGUGCUGGGAAGGUUCUUUAGAUCCCCUGCAUGUUGCACAGGAGAGGAGGAGGAGGAGGAGGAGGAGGAGGAGGAGGAGGAUCACGGCACAAGCCACGUGGGAAGAAUGAAUCUCCAAAUCAAGAACUGGCCCAAUAAGGAAAAGGACUGGGGUAUCUUUGCUGCCGGAUAUCGAUUGGUCCCAUUUGGAUCAGAGAUCUCCAAUAAGAACAGAAUCAGAACAGGUGGAUUCAGUGCAAUUCAAGGUCUUCAUCACAACCUCGACAAAAUACAAAGUCCAACCGCAAGGUUGCCAUCUCCAUACAAUGAAUGUGGUAGAUCAUCCAACCAGAAAUAUUCCAAACAUAAGAGGUCUUCUGCUCUCAAUGAGACCACAGAACGCAACACGAAUAAGCAAGGUCGAUAUGGUUUGAGAAAGAUAAAAAGUUCCCAAAACCGUAAGAGCUUAAAUUCAGGAUUAAAAUCUCUCAGUAGAAAGAUGACUCCACAUAGCAGAAAACAAAAUAUUGUGGCUAAAAUCAGCAGUCCUGUGAAACCUUUUAUCUGCCCAAAAUGUAAGAGGAGAUUUUGUAGCAAUAGGAACCUUCUCACCCACCAGAGAAUUCACACGGGGAGGAGGUUUGUCUGCUCUAAAUGUGGGAAAUGUUUCUCUCACAAGAUGAUCCUCAUAGCUCAUAGAUGGCUUCAUACUGGGAGGAAACCAUUCACCUGCACUGAAUGUAAUAAGGGCUUCUUAUGGAACAAAGAUCUUCAAAAACAUAAGAAGCUCCAUGAAAAGGGGAAGAUGGACAUCAGUGAUCUUGGGGCUCACUCAGAAGGAAAUCCUUAUAUCUACACUGAGAACAGGACAAGCUGCCGGAAUAAUAACAUGUCUGAGACUGAGUUUAAGACUCACACAAAAGACAAGAGCUUUACCUGCACUGAGUGUGAGGAAAGCUUCAGUCUUAAGAGUCGACUCAUUGCCCACCUUCUAAUUCAUACAGGAGAGAAGCCCUUUGUCUGUAAUAAGUGUGGGAAAGGCUUCAGAAGAAAUCAAUAUCUGAAAGAACAUCUCAGCACCCACAGAGAAGAUCGACCCCAUGUUUGUACUGAGUGUGGGAAAACAUACAAAUAUAAAUGUGGUCUAAAUACUCAUCUUCACAGUCACAAAGUAAACAAGCGUUUUCCUUGCAGUGAGUGUGGGAAAAUCCUUAGUUCUAAGACUUCGCUCACUAUUCAUCUUAGAUAUCACACAGGAAAGACUUUCCCUUGCACUGAGUGUGAUAAAACCUUUAGAGAAAAGAAAACCCUCAAAAUGCACCAAAUGAUCCACACUGGGGAGAAACCAUUCGAGUGCACAGAGUGUGGGAAACGCUUCAGGGAAAAAAGAAAAAUGAAGUUACAUUGUCUCAUUCAUUCUGGUGUGAAACCUUUUGAGUGUUUGGAGUGUGGCCAACAGUUUAGAUUGAAACAUGGACUUAAAUUUCACCAGUUAAGUCACACCGGGGAAAGACCAUAUGAGUGUAGUGAGUGUGGGAGGGGCUUUAGGUCUAGUAGUGAACUUGCUGAUCACAUACGGAGUCACACAGGGGAGAAACCAUUCAUCUGUAAUGAGUGUGGGAAAAGCUACAGGAAUCACAGUGGCCUUAUUUAUCAUCUACGCACUCACACAGGGGAGAAACCUUUUAUCUGUAAUGAGUGUGGGAAAAGCUAUAUGGAUCACAGUAGCCUUGUUUGUCAUCUACACACUCACACCGGGGAGAAACCUUUUGUUUGUGUUGAGUGUGGGAAAAGGUUUCAGAAAGUGAGUUUGCUAAGGAUCCAUCUUGAGACACACAUCAGAGUAAAGGGGUUUGAAUGUGUAGAGUGUGGGAAAAGCUACGUUUCAGAGAAAGGUUUCAAAACCCAUCUUCUCACUCAUACAACAUAGCAGUAUGCCUUUGUAAUAUAUUAAUUGCUAAAUAUUGGAUGAAUAAAUGUGUUGUCUUCUGA